AUGGCACGCAAAAAGAAUGCACAACCCAAAAGACGCUUAGACACUACUAGUGGUGAUGAUAAUGGAAAUGGAAAGAAACAUUCCAAACGGCCCACAUUUUACUUUCCGGAUCGUCGGACCACUAACGUGAUUCCUGCUGAUGAUUCAAAUCAUCCCAUGUUGGCCACACUUCCGACCUUUUUGAAGAAAUUUCAAGAGAGAAUACCCCAAAUGAUCAAGGAAUACCAAGAGGCAUUGAGAAAAGGAAAAGUGGAUUUGAAUACUUGGUACAAGGGAUUCCGUCUCAUUACUGGGAAUCGCAUCGAACUCAAGGUUCUGAGCGAGUGGUUGAUGGAAGAGUUUGCUGACAAAGAUUGGAAUCCAGUCCAAUUGAUUCAAUACGCGCAAUCUCAAGCCCAGAAAGAUGAGCGUAUCAUCAACAAUAUACUUGAAAAUCAUGGCCAAGUGUAUUUUUCCGAGUGGAGCAUGAUCGUCAGCUCGUCCUGUCAGGUCCAAACGAUUCACAUUGACGUUCCGGCCAACAAUUAUCAAUUUGGACUGGUACUGCAAGAUAAUGUCCCAGGAACCAUGGUGUUACACCAACAUGGAGUCACUCCAAAAACGCCAGAGGAAUUGUGCUCUACAGCAUGGAAGGAUGCACCUGCACUAUUGAAAGACUGUAUUUUGAAGAAUGUUAUAGUCCAGAAUCGAAUGCAACAGUUGCUACAUUCCUACGGACCACUCUUGAUUCCAAGAGCCGAAUUGGAAUCUUGCAUGGUGGGUGGAGACAAGAAACCUCUUGUGCCUGCUGGGCUUAAAUGCGGCGACUUGAUUUGUACGGCAGGAGGGAUUCCUCAUGCCGGACCAGCAUGCCAAUCAUUUCGAGCAGUGGUCUUUGCCGCCGCCUCUCCCACCAAAGAGUCUUUAUACAAUGUGGAUGAACAAUAUUUUGCUCACUCGGUUAUAUUGCUUGCCAUCCAAGUGGUCUGGGAUGCCUUGUCGUCGUCGUCGUCGUUGGAAGAUGGUUUAGAGUUGGAAUCACCAUCAUUAUCAUCCAAGAGGUGGCUGUUGCAACAGCUUGCCAAAACGGUACACGACUAUGAAACGGGACCAAUCGAGAAUCAUAAUUAUGUCUCCAAAGCCUUCACCAAGUUGAUGCAUGAAAUGGCAAAGGUGUAUCAAGAUGAAGAUGACCAUGAUAAUGAUGAUAAUGUAGUGGAGGAAUCUUCUGCAACAACCAAAACGCAGGCCAUCAGUGGUCAGCAGACCGAGACCACCAACGCCUCCUCCACUCGAAAGCCGACAAAGGAUCGCAUGGAACAAGUCAUAUCCGCCUUUUUGAAACAAAAUGCCUCCAAAUCGGAGCAAGAAUUGUUCCAAUAUCGACCGAAUACGAUUCGGAAGUGA